AUGGCAUCGUUCUCUCAUCUCAUCCGCUUCGAAUGCGAAGAGGAUAGUAAUACUUACUUUGCCGAUCUGGGGUCUGACGCCACUGGCCCGCCGUCACCUGGAACAAAGCUCAGGGCGUUUGGUUCUUAUGAGGCGCUCGCCGAAAAGUCUGGGCAUAAGACCGUCACGUUACGCCGGCUUACAGCCCCAUCCUGUCCGCCACUCUGGACGAAGCCGGCUGCAUCACUUGCAAAUCCAGAUGAAGACAUUCCAAUCGGCGACUUCUGCGCCAAGAGUCUCUUAGACUAUGAGGGCGAACUGGUCUUCGUCACCUCAAAAGAGUGCCGUAACGUAUCGCCGAAAGAUGCCAAGGACUACAUUCUAGGGUACACUGUCGGGAAUGACUUGUCGUGCCGCAUGUACCAGCUCCCUCGCUACUCUGCUGGCCAGUUCUUCUUCGCAAAGGCUUUCGACAAGUUUGCGCCUAUUGGUCCCACCCUAAUCAGUGCCGCCAUGUUUGCUGAUGCCAUGUCGUUCACCGUGGUAACGAGGGUGAAUGGCGAGGUUAGACAGACGGCCGAGUUCAAGAAAGACAUGAUCUUCUCUCCGGAGCAAAUCCUGAGCCACAUGAGUCAAGGCACAACAAUCCCGGCCGGUACAGCAGUUAUGACAGGAACUCCGGCAGGAGUCGGCGCGUUCCGUAGUCCCAAGACCUUUCUGCAGGAUGGCGAUGUGGUUGAAGUGGGCAUGGAAAAGGUCGGAACCCUGCGGAAUACGAUGAAGUUCGAGUAA